GAUGGUGAUGUCAUGACCCCCACACAUGUUCUCUUCCCAUAGGCCGUCUCGAAAGCGGAGAUCCCUUGAGGAGGUGGGAAAUGUGACGGCCACCGUGCCUACGCUUCCAGAUUUCCCCAACAUUUCGUCCACCAUCGUGCCCACGAGUCAGGAGGAGCACAGGCCAUUUGAGAAAGUGGUGAACAAGGAGUUGCUUGUCAUCUCUGGCCUGAGACACUUCACUGGCUACCGCAUUGAGCUGCAGGCAUGCAAGCAAGACGCCCCAGAUGAGAGGUGCAGCGUGGCUGCAUAUGUCAGUGCGCGGACCAUGCCUGAAGCUAAGGCAGAUGACAUCGUUGGCCCUGUGACCCACGAAAUCUUUGAGAACAAUGUUGUACACUUAAUGUGGCAAGAGCCGAAGGAGCCCAAUGGUCUGAUUGUGCUGUAUGAAGUGAACUAUCGGCGAUAUGGUGAUGAGGUAAGGAUUGCAGGUCUUUGUGGUGGAUGGUGCUUUUCCGGGGGAGAG